AGGUGUUUAUCUGUGUGGACACUCGGCAGGGGCCCACUUGGCAGCCAUGGUGUUGUCCACGGACUGGAUGGAAUAUGGAGUGGUGCCAGAUAUCAAAGGAGCUGUGCUGGUGAGCGGCGUGUACGACCUUGAGCCCAUCCUGCACACCUAUGUGAACGAUGUGCUGAACAUGAGCCGGGAGGUCGCCCACAGGAACAGCCCCAUGCUGCACAUCACCCCGGCAAUGCCAGCUGCUGCGGCCUGCGAGGUGCUCGUGGCUGUGGCCCAGCACGACUCCCCGGAGUUCCGCAGGCAGUCGCAGGAGUACAGCCAGGCCCUGCGCGCAGCCGGCUGGACCGUCUCCAUGCUGGAUCUUGCUGGCAUGGAUCACUUUGACAUCAUUGAGAAGCUGUCGGAGGAGAGCUACGUCCUCACUCAGGUGAUUCUGAACAUGAUUUCAAGAGCUUGA